GUUUUUCAUAAAAGAAGCGCAAUCGUUUGAUCUCAUACUUUUUUACACAAUGCAAAUCAAGUUUAUUAUUCUUACCAUCUGUGCUUCUCUUGCCGCUACUGGCUUUGCUGCGCCUCCUCCCUCAGUUAGCAAACCUGCUGAUGCAAGUAAAGAUGCUAUAGGAUCUAAUUCUCUUGGAAACCUUAGUGGUACUCUUGGAGGCGGUACCGGUCGUCUCAGUGGUCUUCUCGAUGGUCUUCUCGGCGGUCUUCUAGGUGGUGAUCUCGGUUUUGAUUUUACUGAUGAUGACUAUGAAAAAGAAGACAAUUUAACCAAUGAUGUCGUUGAAACUAUUCCUACUAUUAAAGAACCCCUACCAUCAGAAUCUAAUGAAGAAGAAGAUUUACUUGCAGAUGAAAAGUGGACACCUGCUGAACGCGUGUAUGCAUUUAAAGAAGGCGACAUUCUUAUCCACAGACUUUUAUUAGCCAAAGAAUUACCAAAUGCACUAGAAGAGCUUGGUACUGAAGCAUCCGUACAACAUGUGAUACCCAUCAUGGAGAAAUUAUCGUCUGAUUCAGAUGACACAGUGAGAGAAACAUUUUCAAGCGAACUGGACCAAAUAUUACUUUAUUUUUACAAAAACACACCUUGUACAUUCACACGUAAAGAAGACAGCACACAGGAUAAAUCAUUUGCUCCUCUCAUGAUCACUAUCCUCUUGGACCAAAAUUCAGCCGUCGCUUCACUAGGUCAGCAAGCGAUCAUUACCGUCGUGAGCAUGUUAUGUGAAAACGAUAUGAAAGACUUGAUUGAUUCAGAGAUACACAAGGGCCUCAUCGAUGGACUGAUGGCCAUUGUCGACGGCAAAUCAAAACGACCGCAUUUUGAGGAUCGCCGUGUGUCGAUCGACAAUGAAAUAGAGAGACGUCGGUCGUCUACACCUGGUUUUGAAUCAACAGAGGAUGAGUUUGAUCAAGGAGAAGUCAGCUUGGCUAAAGUGACAUGUAUAUCAUUAGUUGCGUCGAUUGCAAAUAUAUUGGGCAAAGAAAGAUGUGUGGAAACUUGCUUGCCGAUUAUUGAACAGCUUGCGUCCGAUACGAUGUUUUAUGUUAGAAAAGAGGCAGCGGCUGCCAUUGGAAAUUUGGCACUUGUACUCGACACUGAGUUAGUAGAGCAGCGAUUGCUCCCACUGUAUCGUCAAUUCUGCGAGGAUCAAAUCUGGCAUGUGCGUAAAUCAUGUGUACUAGCACUUCCCUCAGUUUGCAGCGCACUAUCAGAUCAAGCCAAGAUUGAUCUGACAGUGACAAGUGUCGAAACUUUCCGUAACGACGUCUCACGCAGUGUACGCAAUACAUUAGCCGAUAUUGUUGGCGAACUCAUCGCACGAUUUCUACCUGCCGACUGGGAAAAGACAGGUCAACCAGGCAAGAUACCUGAACCACUCCUGUCUUACUUUCUUUCCUUGGGCGCUACAACGGCAAACAACAGCAACACGCAGAUGCUCAAGCUCGAAAUAGAUCGACCCUUUAUCUGUGCCUAUAACUUUCCGGCCGUCGUUAUGACCGCCGGCGCCGAUUUUUGGGACACUCACUUGCGUGAAACUUACUUGAACCUGACCAAGGACUACCAGAUCAAGGUUCGUUGCACCUUUGCGCACUCUCUGCACGAUAUCGCACGCAUCAUCGGCCCUGAACGAACCGAACGUGACCUCGUCCAAAUCUUUGCUCUUUAUCUAAUGGACCUCGAUGACGUCAAACAGGGCGUGCUCGAACAUCUGGCUGAUUUCUUGGGCACCUUGGCUGUGUCCUCACGAAAUGAGUAUAUUCCAAUCCUUGCCGAAGUCUGGGAUGGCGUUGCUACCAACUGGCAUCUGCGCAACAUCUUGGCUCGUCAACUUCGUGAGAUCUCUUUACUCUUUGAUGCCUCGCGAGUGGUCGAACAUGUCCUGCCCCUCGUCGUCCGCGCAUGUCAUGACGAAUUCGCCGCUGUCCGACAGACUGGCGUUGGCGUCUUCCCUGUCAUCUUGGAUGUCGUGAGACAUGCUGUCGAGGAGGACGGCGAGAGCCUGUCUCAGGCAGAUGGGUACGGUGACGACGUUGUCGAAAACAAAAAGAAUUUCGCUCUUGCCUUACUGAGUCAUGUCAUGGAGAGGCUGGACGAAUUUGCGCGUUCAAAUCAUUACCGAGGUCGACUUGUAUUCGCUCAAAUUUGUCAAGCGUUGAUCGAAUCAGGUAUCGGUGCAUCUGAUUUUGCCUCCUUCUUCCUACCUCGAUUGGCGCCUUUGGCUCAUGACCCAGUGGUCAAUGUACGUAUCGCAGCCUCACGUACGAUUGGUACAAUUUAUACGAACGAACCUUUUUGCCGAGAAUUGAGUGGUAUUGCUGCUCCAUCAAGGACGGUCAAUGAAGAGUCAGGACAUGCGUUAGAUCAGAUGACAUAUCGAUUUGCAUUAGAUAAGGAUAGUGACGUUCGAUCAUUUGUGAUGGAGUUUGUAGAUAAAGAUGUAUUGGAGAAACAGCAAAAGAAGCUAAAGCAGCAAGAAGAAGAGCAGGCUUCACAAAUGGAGGAAGACAAGCAGGCGACACAAAUGGACGAAGAUAAGCAAUCUGCGCAUAUGGACGAAGAUAAACAGUCAGCACAUUCGGAUGAAGAUAAACAACCGGCACAAAUGGAUGAUAAAAAAGAUGGAGAAGAUGACGUUAUGUCAGAAGCAAAAGAAGAAUCUUAA